AUGCCGGCAAAGUCGCGAUUCACGAGGCUAGACGCCUUCGCCAAGACCGUCGAAGAUGCACGAAUUCGCACGAACUCUGGUGGUAUCAUCACGAUAGUCUCGCUGGUGGUAGUCUUGUGGCUCGUAUGGGGAGAAUGGGCUGACUAUCGACGCAUCGUCGUGGAGCCGGAGCUCAUUGUUGACAAGUCAAGAGGAGAGAGAAUGGAAAUUCAUUUGAAUAUGACCUUCCCUCGGCUCCCUUGUGAGCUCCUCACUUUGGACGUUAUGGACGUUUCAGGCGAGCAGCAAGUGGGUGUCGCGCAUGGUAUGAACAAAGUCCGCCUGUCCCCUGCUGCUGAGGGAAGCAAGGUUAUCGAUGUCCAGUCUUUGGACCUGCACUCCCCGGCUGACGCUGCCACCCACCUCGACCCUGAUUAUUGUGGCGAUUGCUAUGGAGCAAUCGCACCAGAGAAUGCGAUUAAACCCGGAUGUUGCAGCACUUGCGACGAAGUUCGGGAAGCAUAUGCCGGAAAGCAAUGGGCAUUUGGUGUCGGGACCAAUGUCGAGCAGUGUGAGCGGGAAGGAUAUGGCGAAAAGCUCCAGGCCCAGCGCCGCGAAGGCUGCCGAAUCGAAGGUGUUCUCCGAGUGAAUAAGGUGGUUGGCAACUUCCACAUCGCCCCGGGUCGUAGCUUCACCAACAUGAACAUGCACGCCCACGAUCUGGAGAACUACCUCAUGCCCGGCGCCGCCGCCGAGGACCAGCACACCAUGACCCAUGAGAUCCAUGAGCUCCGCUUUGGUCCUCAGCUUCCCGCCGAACUUGCGGACCGAUGGCAGUGGACUGACCAUCACCACACCAACCCCCUUGACGAUACUAAGCAAGCUACCAACGAGCCCGCCUACAACUUCAUGUACUUCAUCAAAGUUGUCUCGACAUCUUACCUUCCUCUGGGCUGGGACCCAACCUUCUCUUCUGCGAUCCACAGCGCCUACGACAAGGCCCCUCUUGGCACCCACGGUCUCGCAUACGGAGCCCAGGGAAGCAUUGAGGCCCACCAGUAUUCCGUGACCUCGCACAAGCGAUCCCUAAUGGGUGGCGACGACGCUGCUGAGGGCCACAAGGAACGCAUGCACGCCGCAGGUGGUAUCCCCGGUGUGUUCUUCAACUAUGACAUCUCACCCAUGAAGGUCAUCAACAAGGAGACGCGCCCCAAGACUUUCACCGGUUUCCUUACCGGUGUUUGCGCCAUCAUCGGUGGCACUCUGACUGUCGCCGCGGCUCUGGACCGUGGUUUGUACGAAGGAGGUAUGCGUAUUAAGAAGCUGCACUCUAACUAG